AUGCAGUUCGCACCAGAACCACAUAGACGCAUCGGCCACAACUAUCCUUCCUUCCUUUCCCCUCAUCCGCCGCUUAUGGCGCUCAAUAAACCGACCCGUUAUUUGCUACUGGCAUUAGGGAUACUACUCUCCCUGCACUUCCUUCUUUCCGCCACACAUGAGCCAUAUAGUAAGGCAACAUCGUUGUCUUCGCUGAGUUCUGUCUGGACCAAGGACAAGCCAAAAUACAGCGACACCGCAAUUCCUGCUCAUCCGGAGUUCGACCCCCCACCAAAGUGGGCAACGGGAGGAGUCGGAGGGGCUGCCAACGCAACAAGAGCGAACGCAACUUUUGUAAUGCUUGCCCGCAACAGCGAUGUCAAUGGCGCUGUCCAGAGCAUAAGGAGUAUUGAGGACCGGUUCAAUCGCGAGUAUGGAUACCCCUACGUCUUCCUUAACGAGGAGCCCUGGACAGACGAGUUCAAAAAACGCAUCUCCGUUCUCACCAAAGCCCCCAUUGAGUUCGGUGUUAUUCCGCAUGACUGGUGGUUCCAGCCGGACUGGAUUGAUGAGGAGCGUGCAACUCAAGGCCGCAAGAAAAUGGAGGAACAAGGUAUCAUCUAUGCGGGCAGUGUUUCCUACCGAAACAUGUGCCGCUUUAACUCUGGGUUCUUCUUCAAACACGAAAUGCUCUUGAAGUACAGGUGGUACUGGCGCAUCGAGCCCGAUGUUAUGUUCCACUGCACUCUUAACUUCGACCCCUUCGUCUAUAUGGAGAAGCAAAAGAAAACCUACGCAUUUACCAUUGCGCUCUAUGAAUGGGCUGCGACCAUCCCAACGUUGUGGGAUACAGUCAAGAAUUUCAUCAAGGAGAACCCCACAUAUGUGGCAGCAAACAAUGCCAUGGGCUUCCUCAGCGAGAACAACGGUCAUGACUUCAAUAUGUGUCAUUUCUGGUCUAACUUUGAAAUUGCCGACAUGGACUUUUGGCGCGGAGAAAUCUACACCAAGUUCUUCGAGUACUUGGACAAAACCGGUGGUUUCUACUAUGAGGCUAGUUGCUCACGUUGGGGUGAUGCCCCUGUUCACUCGAUUGCUGCUUCGAUUUUCUUGCCCAAAGACAAGAUCCAUUUCUUCAAUGAGAUCGGCUACGAGCAUCCUCCCAAUCAACAUUGUCCCAAAGACGACGAGAUCUGGAAGAAGGGAAUGUGCGGCUGCGAUCAAGGCAAAACACAUGAUUAUGGCCCAUACUCCUGUCAGCAUCAAUGGGACCGCAUAUUCCAGUAA